AUGGGCAUUACCGCAGCUAUUGACUCAGCUCUUAGAGAAGCCACUGCUAUUGAAUCGGGAUUGCCUUGUAGGUUCCAGCUUGCACAUGCAGGAGGUCAACCUGCUGCCAAUCCUGCAGCGGAGCAACCCUCCAACGUGCCGUCAGGCAGUGAAAUGGCGGGUAGCAGUAGGAGCCCCGGUUGGACUACUCUUUUCGAUUUUGAAGGCGAAGAAGGGGCCCAGCCGGACCCCCAAAACGCCCCCGAGAAUCCAGUAGCUCCCGGGGAAGCAGAUAUUCUCCCUCCCGUACCCUACCCCUAUCACGAGGAUGAAGUGAUCGGAGGCGAUAGUGUUCUAUCUAUACGGGAGCGCCUCUUAGGAUCACACUCCAACCGCUCGGCAGAGGAGAUUUACUUGGCCCAUCUUGACGCAGAAGACCGCUUCGAAGUCAAGGUGGAUAUCAUACGGCAUAUGGCCGUACUUGAUCCAAGUGGCGAUUGGGAGGGACGCGGGGCCCGGGCCCUGGAUAAUCCACGUACCUCCACGGGAGAGGACUCCUUAAAGAAUCUCUCUCGCCUGCGAGACCAGCUCCAUGAUGGGGGAGUACAAUCCGAUGCCUUUAAAAAAUGA